CUGGGCAGCUGUCAGACGUUCGGCAAUCAAAUUGUCAACACUGUCAGUGGCUUGUUUUGAUUGUUCGUGCUGCAUUGAAGUUACGUAAAAUUGCCUUUUUCCUCAAGAUUUCGGCAAAAUGAGUUUGGUAAAAGCAAACUACUACGACAGCCCGGAGGGUUCCGACCUGUUCGGGAAGAUGGUGGCCACCAACAAGUACGCGGUGGCCGCCGGCUUGGGCUGGUCCUCCGUCGAGGUGUUGAUGAUUUCCAAACCGAAGGGUGUCAUUCCGACGCUUGGUCGCUACGUAUACUUCACCGGUCCGUUCAUCGGGAUUGCUUCCGCCUUCACUGUGGGAGCGUACGCGGCCAACCGGCUGCGCGGCAAGGAUGACACCCUCAACUACGUGGUCGGUGCGUUCGCGGCCGGUGGCGUGUACGGCGCCUGGAAGCGCAACGUGGUGGCCGGCCUCGUGACCGGACUCUUCUUCAGCAUCGCCGGCGCCGUCAAGAAGAACUCGAUCGAAAAGGGCUGGGAGUUCUUCCCGGAACCCAAGAAGCACGGCGUCGGGGCGCUCAACCCGGCCCGGUACGACUUUACGCUGACCCAGGAACGCGAACGAAACUGGACCAAGUAAGCCCGCACUGGCUGACUGCUUGGUUUGACUCUAGAAAUACAGCGCUGUACAAAGGAA